AACAUGGGAAACAAAGUAGCUGAAUUGUUACCUUCUGGAGCCCAUGUUUUAUAUUCCCUUAAUUUUUUUGCUUUUGUUUCUUUUUCUUUUCUUUAUUCUUUUCCUUUCUUCUUUAUAUAAAUCCAAUUUAUUUUUUUAGAGAAUCAUAAAAUACAAACACUCCACUCUAUUUUUAUGCACCUUCCACACUCAUUCUUCCUCUCUAUACACCUCUCUAAAUCUAAUCAUAACCCCCUAACUUAGGAAAACAUGGAAAAUGAUGCUAAUGAAAACUUCUUUAGCACAUCCUCAUCAUCAACACCAACAUCUUCUAACUCAAAUUCAAAUUCAAAUUCAUCUACCAAUCUAGAAACCAAAAAUAAUCCUCAAAAUGGAAAUAAAAAAUCCAAGAAAAGAGAGAGAAAUGAAAAUGACACAAAACACCCUACAUAUAGAGGUGUAAGAAUGAGAGCAUGGGGAAAAUGGGUAUCUGAAAUUCGUGAGCCAAGAAAGAAGUCAAGAAUAUGGCUUGGAACAUACCCUACAGCUGAAAUGGCAGCUAGAGCUCAUGAUGUAGCUGCUUUAGCCAUAAAGGGUCAUUCAGCUUACCUCAAUUUCCCUAAUUUGGCUCAAAAUCUUCCGAGGCCUUCGACUACAUCACCUAAGGACAUUCAAGUUGCAGCUGCAAAAGCAGCAGCCAUUGUAUUUGAGGAGAUUAAGGAAGAUCAAGAUCAAGAUCAAGAUCAAGUUUCAUUUUCAACUCUUUCUUCCAUUGAUAAUGUUCAAGAGUCUAAUUCAAGUUCUCCAUCUACAACUGCUACUACAAAUGAUGAUAUUGAUGACACACUCUUUGAUCUUCCAGAUCUUUUUCCUGAUGGAAAAAAUGGAAUUCUUUCUUAUUAUUCUUCUUGGCAUUUAUGUGCUGUUGAUAGUGGACUUCGCCUCGAGGAGCAACUUUCGUCAUGGGAGUAUUACUAGCGUCAUCUUUGAUCGACUGCUAUCUGGGCUGCCACAUCGAGCUUUUUGUAACUGUAGGCUCCAACUCGACCUCAAAUUAAUUUGCAUCAUCUACAUUUGACCUCAAUUGUUCGUAGAAUUAUUCUAACAAGAUACUCUCUAACACACUUGUCUCAACGUGCAUUCUGUAAUUGAUUGAAAUUUAAAUGCGUCUCACUAAAUUUAUGUGCAGCCUACAUGAUUUAGUGUGACUCAUUUGAAUUUCAACCAAUUAAAAAAUGUGUGUUGAAAAGAUUGUGUUAAAAGUGUGUUGAUUGUGAUGAAGCCACGACUAUGAUUUAAAACCUUGCUACUAGCUAUAACUAUUGUUUCACAUUCAAAAAAUAAAUAAAAUGCGAAAUAAGAAGAAAACAAAAAGGAAAUAAAAUUAAGUGAAAUUUAUCUCUUAUGUAAUCAUUGCCUAGCUAUGAGGUUGGUGAAUGUCACUUGAGGAAAUGUUUGGACUUGAAUAUGUACAUGGUUGUUGUCUAUAGCUAUUUUGUCUAAUUUAGUUUAGUAAUGCUUAGACUAAAAUAGAUAUUGAAAUUUUUUUACUAAAAUGUAUGGCAAUGUACAAAAUAAUAAAGAAGCAUCUUUUAUGAA